AGUUGCACACACUGGGACCCUGGGUCGUUCGAAAAUAUACGCGAGCCAAUCCGAUCCGUAACAGAAUCCGGAUCAUGAGCGUACCGUGAUCGGAAGAAGCGCCACGGGGAAGACUGCUAGCGCACGACUAUUGGCACCAUGAACCGCGGUUACCCCACACCUCCACCACCGUCGCACGUUGGCACCCCGCCGCCACCCAUGACGUCGGGUCCAAUGCCCUCGGGCCCCAUGCCUUCGGGACCUAUGUCGUCGGCGCCCAUGUCUGGGCCUAUGGCAUCGGGACCGAUGUCAUCGGUGCCGAUGGCUGCGGGGCCUAUGAGUGGUGGCCCCAUGUCAGCGGGACCAAUGCCGUCGGGACCGAUGUCCGGAGGUCCUAUGCCAUCAGGACCAAUGUCUGGAGGGUCCAUGUCCUCUGGACCCAUGUCGGCGGGACCCAUGCCUUCAGGGCCGAUGGGGUCGGGAGGGGGGGCCGGGCCGCCUAUGCCCCCUCACCCGCAAAGCCCUGGAGCGCCCAGUGUCAUGAGGCCUCCGCCCGAUCGCUCUUCGAUGCCUCCACAUGCCGUGCCUCCAGCGUCCAGGCCUUAUCCCGGACAGGGCUACCAGGGUGUUCGACCUUCGGGCUAUGGGGGUGGGGCAGUGGGCGGGGCCUCUCCGGUUCAGGCCCCUCCUCCAGGGUCCCUGCACUCCCGCAUGGGCAUGCCCCCUCCCGGGUCCCCCUACGGACCCCGCCUCCAAGGACCUCCCACUGGACCCAUGGAGGGACGCAAACGACCCUCCCCGGGCGAUGCCAGGCCCUCCAGCAAAGGGAUGGGAGGAGCAGGUGGCGUCCCCCCCACACCUUCCUCCCAGGCCCAGGUGGGGGGUGGAGCUUCCUCGGUGGGCGGGGCUUCGUCCAUAGGCCCCUCCCCCGGAGCCCCGUCGGGGGCGGCGCCCAAGAAGAAGAAGAAGCUGGCGGACAAGAUCCUGCCCCAGCGGGUGCGUGACCUGGUGCCCGAGUCGCAGGCGUACAUGGACCUGCUGGCCUUUGAGCGCAAGCUGGACUUCACCAUCAUGCGCAAGCGGCUGGACAUCCAGGAGGCCCUCAAGAGACCCAUGAAGCAAAAACGGAAGCUGCGCAUCUUCAUCUCGAACACCUUCUACCCGGGCAAGCCCGAGGGGGAGACGGGCGAGGAGGCCACGGUGCCAUCUUGGGAGCUCAGGGUGGAGGGACGCCUGCUGGACGACCCAAAUGCGCCCAAGGCGGACCAGAGCAAGGUCAAGCGCAAGUUCUCCUCCUUCUUCAAGAGCCUGGUCAUUGAGCUGGACAAGGACCUGUACGGGCCAGACAACCACCUGGUCGAGUGGCACCGAACGCCGACCACGACGGAGACUGACGGCUUCCAGGUGAAACGGCCUGGCGACAAGAAUGUGCGCUGUACCAUCCUGCUACUCCUCGACUACCAGCCGCUCCAGUUCAAGCUGGACCCGCGUCUGGCACGUCUGCUGGGGAUCCACACGCAGACGCGACCGGUGAUCAUUGCAGCCCUCUGGCAGUACAUCAAGACGCACAAGCUGCAGGACCCUCACGAGCGGGAGUACAUCAACUGCGACAAGUACCUCGAACAGAUCUUCCAGUGUGCACGAAUGAAGUUUGCCGAGAUUCCUCAGCGCUUACACCAGCUUCUCCACCCACCGGACCCCAUUGUCAUCAACCACGUCAUCAGUGUGGAAGGCCCCGACACCAAGAAGACUGCGUGCUACGACAUUGACGUCGAAGUGGAUGACCCUCUCAAGUCCCAGAUGAACAACUUCAUUUUGUCCACUGCCAACCAACAGGAGAUACAGGUCCUGGACAACAAGUGUGACGAGCUCCCGCCUUCACGAUGGCGGUACCGGUAUGGGCUGCUGCAAGCUCCGGAGAUCCACGAGACGGUGGAGACGAUCAACCAGCUGAAGACAAACCGGGAGUUCUUCCUGAGCUUUGCCAAGGACCCUCAGCAGUUCAUCAACAAGUGGCUCAUCUCCCAGAUGAGGGACCUCAAGACGAUGACGGACGUUGUGGGCAACCCCGAAGAGGAGCGCCGCUCGGACUUCUACUAUCAGCGGUGGGCACAGGAGGCUGUCUGCCGGUACUUCUACGGCAAGGUGCAGCAGCGCAGGGCCGAGCUCGAGCAGGCCCUGGGAAUACGCAACGGCUGAAGAGGUCGGCACACCUCGGCCGUUUUCACUCUGGCCCGAGAGGAAGCAGCGGACAGCUUGGCUGCGUGCGGAACAAGACGCCAGACGGACUUUGGAGGACGUGAACACUUCCUUCCUUGUAAUCGGGUUCUACGGCCACAGCCGGCCUUGCUCUUGGCUGCUGCGGCAGAAUGUACAAAUGUGCGUGUGCAUUUGGCGCCGGGAAUACUUGCCAUGUUUGCGAUGAUGUUUUCCAGAGAUGGGCUUUCACUAACUUUGUUCGUGUAGGUUACUUGUAAUGGAAAUAGAGUUACAUUAUCACAGCUGCUUCCACAGUCUAGUGCUGGUUCAAAAGUAUAGUCGGUGCCCAUCUUUGUGGUUUUCAAUGUUAAUUUUAACGAGGUUUAAAGCUUAAAAUCUUGUUUUGAAAUACAUGAUUUAAAACCACCACAAACUUUCCAAGUUUGCUCGUCUGCUCACGAUAUUCUGUCAUGUGACAAUUUUGGCACCCACUGUAAUAACAUUAGUGCUAACCAUUCUUUGGCAUUAUUCAGAAAGCAGUCGGGAGAUGACCUUUGUCACAACGGCUAUUUUGUACGCAUGAUUCUUGGGCUUUGGAUUCCGAGAUGGAGAUUGGCAAUAGCCACAACCCACCGGACAUUGUGCUUGACUCGUCUGCUAUGAAUGGAGUCAGCGUGAAGAUUGUAUUGUCACUGAACGCUUGCUUUCCCAGCUAGAAGUGGCGUCGACGACGUCUGGCCACUGUAUUUCAUAAAAUUUCAGCGCGUCACGUUUGAAGCGGUCUGCCUUCUAAUUGGAUGACAGGUGUUUGGGGACCUUUGAAGGUCAGUCUUCUGCAGUGCUCUGCCUCUGAAAGCUGCGUUGGAUCGUAAUUAUUCUAGGUUGUGUUGCAGAAGCCUGCACCUCUGUCUGCCAUGCAGGCCAUUUUGGUUCCCCUCUGUUUUGCUCUUCUGUCUCAACUUUGGUGGCAGGUAGUGAGAACUUUGAGCCACGUAAAUACUUGCAUCAGCUAAGUGAAUACACAUCUUCAGUUUUCCAAAUCGCAGAGCCCUUGAACGAGACCAACCCCCCCCCCCCCCCCCCCCCCCCCGUAAAUUUGCUUUGUUUAAGUGAGGAUGAAAACCAAGUCCGGGAGGAGGAGUUCAAAUUGUUCUAUUCUGCAUUUUGAGUGAAUAUUGAGCUUUAACUCAAAAAUAAAGCUUUAGGAACUUGAGGCUUGAUAGCAAUCUUGUCUUUUCAAUGGAACAAAGCUGGCAGGAAUCUCAUUGUGAGUUUGGAAGUUUCUUGGAAAAUGCUGUGGGAGCCGACAGUAUGUGUAGACCAUUCCAAUAGAGUGCUUGUCGGUGCCAUUGCGCAUGCGUGCUAGGCUAUGGAUGAGCUCCGUUCAGUGUUGUGGAAGGUACAGGCAUGGGGCUUCUUUGCACAAGUACUUGUGCAAGCGAAGCAUUUUCGACGGCUCCACCCUCGCGCUUGUGUUGCACAAGCCUGAGAGAUGCAGCUAUAGCCUGGCUGUCUUCUCAACUGGGGAUGUGGUAGUACCUCAGUUCUGUGUUACCUCAGUUCUGUGUUACUCUGAACAAGGUAAGCAGUGAUGUUGAUGGAAUGUCUACAGUUCAAGAGCUGGGUUUAAUAGGGCUUUUGAUUCUGGAGCAGUAUUGGCCCAAUGGCAUUAAGGAUACCAGUGAAUCUUUUGUUGAAGUCCUCCAAAUCCCGUUUAUGACAGUAAACAGACGGAUCAGUGUGCCUCGCUGUCUGCGUUCCCUCGAGAUAUGUGCAUCCACGUCAUUUAUAGGAAUCAUCUGCACCUUAGUACUGUCACUAGUGUAAACAUUAUUUUUGUCAUGCAGUAGCUCUAUGCAUUCUUGAAUUGGUAGGUCAUCUUUGGUAAAUAUUGACAUUGUCACCAUCCGACUUUAAUAAAGUGCUUAAACAACC